AUGGCGACUUUUGGAGCUUUCCUCCACAAAGGGGCUUUCUGCAGGAACUACUUCAACCUGCUGGAUAUGCUGGUUGUCGGGGUAUCCCUGGUAUCAUUCGGGAUCCAAUCCAGUGCCAUCUCUGUUGUGAAGAUUCUGAGGGUCUUAAGGGUCCUGAGGCCGCUCAGGGCGAUCAACAGAGCCAAAGGACUUAAGCACGUGGUCCAGUGCGUCUUCGUGGCCAUCCGGACCAUCGGCAACAUCAUGAUCGUCACCACCCUUCUCCAGUUCAUGUUCGCCUGCAUCGGGGUCCAGUUGUUCAAGGGGAAGUUCUAUCGCUGCACGGACGAAGCCAAAAGUAACCCCGAAGAGUGCAGGGGGCUUUUCAUCCUCUACAAGGAUGGGGACGUUGAUAACCCUGUGGUCCGUGAGAGGAUCUGGCAAAAUAGUGAUUUCAACUUUGACAACGUCCUUUCUGCUAUGAUGGCGCUGUUCACGGUCUCCACAUUUGAGGGCUGGCCUGCGUUGCUGUAUAAAGCCAUCGACUCCAACGGAGAGAAUGUUGGCCCCAUCUACAACUACCGCGUGGAGAUCUCCAUCUUCUUCAUCAUCUACAUCAUCAUUGUGGCUUUCUUCAUGAUGAACAUCUUUGUGGGCUUCGUCAUCGUCACAUUUCAGGAGCAGGGAGAGAAAGAGUAUAAGAACUGUGAGCUGGACAAAAAUCAGCGUCAGUGUGUCGAAUACGCCUUGAAAGCACGUCCCUUGCGGAGAUACAUCCCCAAAAACCCCUACCAGUACAAGUUCUGGUACGUGGUGAACUCCUCGCCUUUCGAAUACAUGAUGUUUGUCCUCAUCAUGCUCAACACACUCUGCUUGGCCAUGCAGCACCACGAGCAGUCCAAGAUAUUUAAUGACGCCAUGGACAUUCUGAACAUGGUCUUCACUGGGGUGUUCACCGUCGAGAUGGUUUUGAAAGUCAUUGCAUUUAAACCUAAGGUGAGUAGCUGGACCCACCUUCCGAAGACUGUUGUUGAAUCACCCCAGCGAAGCACACACUUCCUGUUCAUUGUGUGUUACUGAGUUACGCUGAAUUGCUCUGGCCGAUAACUGGGUUAUCACCUGAGAACGUUAGAAUCUGAUUAGGGCAUCUGGGUACAUAUUGGAAAGCAAAACUACAAAACAAAACCUCAUAAAAACAAUUCUGAGAAAAAGAAGAGAGGGGUACAGAAUUGGGAAUUUGCAGGAUGGAAAUUGUUUGAAACUAGGUUUUCAGUCUCUAGAAUAACAUGUCAUGCUUUCUCAGGGAAACUUGCCUCAUCGCUUGAGCACUGGAGACACUUUUAAACAGAACCCAUUAGAAAGAAUUCAGCCUUGAUUUUACUCUUAGGUUUCCAGGAGAAAGUCUUUGGUUUUAUUUGUUCUUGGUCUACAGCUUCUUUUUCACCUUUUAUGGAAAGUUCUACCAGUUGGAGAUCUCCUCCUGCCGUGCCACCUUUCGUUUAUUUGACUUAGAAAAAUGUCACUUGACUUUAAGACCAAACAAGACAUGAAGUUUGUUAAACUCUGUUGGGCUAGUCAGCAU